CGCGGGAGAAGAAUUUGCUUGUUCCGGCAAUUGGGUCGUGAUUCUUGAAGCAGAAGAUCUGCAAAAACCUAUGAAGAUCUCAGGCUAGUACCAGUCUCCGCGUCACACUGGAAACCGUGCCAUGCGCUCAUCACGAAACAGGAUACCCGGCUUGAUCAGGAUAGUUUCUAGGCCAAAGUCUCGUAAAAGCGCAACUGUCCGGCCAGGAUAUCCUCAUGACUUGGCAACCAGACUCUCCCAGCAUAGUGGCGCUGAUCUCCAGACUUGCCGUGUCCUCCAUCAUCUUCCCCAUGGCACUCCCCACUCUUUCAGAACGCCCAAGUCCUUUCUCCACACGCCCUCUAACAACAUCAUGUGGGUCUGUUGCUGCCGGCUAAUCGAGGGAAAUUGUAUAUCACUCAGCUAGUCAUUGCGGUGUGCGGUGAAGAGCCCUCUGCAGCUUGCAGUCGCCCG